AUAGUAAAGCGGAAAGUCGUUGAGGUAUGUCGACACUGCUGACACAGCCGCGGUCUGCGUCUGUGGAAAGUGGACUUUGCUUGUGGCUCCGCCCUCAAGGAGAAGCCACAGAGCACAAACAAGGCAGGGAAGCUUAGCUCUGAGCGGGCUGCUGCAGGGUAAUUGGUGGAGCAAGAAGUCUUUUUGCGUGUUUUGCACAUAGAGGACUCAAAAAGUGACAUCAUUAUGGUAUGCAUCUCCUUAACUGCACGGCUAACUUUAGGCCUUGGCAGGCAUGCCAACGCACCACCAUCCCCCUGUUCUUAUUUAAACCUACUGCAAAGACACAGACACUAUAGCACUGCCUCGGCCAGUCAGAAAACCCCGUCCUUCAGCUAUGUCGUUGUAGGGGCCGGGUCAGCAGGCUGUGUGUUGGCCAACCGCCUCUCAGAGAAUUCAUCCGAGUCAGUCCUCCUCUUGGAGGCGGGGCCUAAGGACUUGCUGCUUAGCAGCACUCGUCUGUCAUGGAAGAUCCACAUGCCAGCGGCGUUGACCUAUAACCUUUGUGACGACAAAUACAACUGGUUCUAUCACACACUGCCCCAGGCUAAUGUGGACGGCCGAGUGAUGUACUGGCCCCGUGGGCGAGUCUGGGGCGGCUCGUCCUCCCUCAAUGCAAUGGUGUACAUCCGUGGGCAUGCUGAAGAUUAUAACCGCUGGCACAGGGAAGGGGCUGAGGGCUGGGACUAUGAUCAUUGCCUGCCAUACUUCAGGAAGGCCCAAGCCCAUGAGCUGGGAGCAGACCAAUACCGGGGCGGCAGUGGUCCCCUGCAUGUAUCUCGGGGGAAGACUGACCACCCUUUGCACCAUGCGUUCAUUGAGGCUGGUCAACAGGCAGGUUACCCAUUCACUGAAGAUAUGAAUGGCUACCAACAGGAAGGAUUUGGCUGGAUGGAUAUGACCAUUCAUAAGGGCAAGAGAUGGAGCACUGCCAGUGCAUACCUGCGGCCUGCGUUGUCCAGACCUAAUCUGACUGCUGAAGUCCGUUGCCUGACCACCCGUGUCCUGUUUGAGGGGACUCGAGCCAUUGGAGUAGAGUACCAGCAGAACGGACAGACAAAGAAGGUGUUUGCUGACAAAGAAGUCAUCCUCAGUGGUGGGUCAAUCAACACCCCACAGCUGCUCAUGCUGUCUGGAGUGGGAAAUGCUGAUGACCUGCAGAAACUGGACAUCCCCGUCGUACAGCACCUCCCAGGUGUCGGUAGUAAUCUGCAGGACCAUUUGGAACUCUAUGUCCAGCAGCAGUGCACUCAGCCCAUAACUCUGUUCAAGGCACAGAAGCCAUUCCGCAUGGUUAAGAUCGGCCUGGAGUGGCUGCUCCAAUUCACAGGCUAUGGUGCCACGGCCCACCUAGAAAGCGGUGGUUUCAUUCGCAGUCGCCCUGGUGUAACCCACCCUGACAUCCAGUUCCAUUUUCUGCCCUCACAGGUCAUCGACCACGGCCGCGUCAGCUCCAAAAUUGAAGCCUACCAGGUACACGUUGGACCAAUGAGGAGUACGAGUGUCGGGUGGUUAAAACUGAAGAGUAAGAACCCCCUAGAUCACCCGAUUCUACAGCCUAAUUACCUCUCCACUGACAUAGACGUGUGGGAAUUCCGUCAGUGUGUGAAACUCUCACGCGAAAUCUUCGCUCAGAAAGCCUUCGAACCCUUCCGCGGUCCUGAAGUCCAGCCAGGCCCUGCUGUCCAGUCAGAUGCUGAGAUCGAUGCUUUCGUCCGGCAGAAAGCAGACAGUGCCUACCAUCCAUCUUGUACUUGUAAAAUGGGCCGGGAUUCGGACCGCAUGGCUGUGGUGGACCCAGAGACGCGGGUGUAUGGCCUGGAGGGCCUGAGGCUGGUGGAUGCGUCCAUCAUGCCCAGCAUAGUGAGUGGCAACCUGAACGCCCCCACCAUUAUGAUUGCUGAGAAGGCUGCAGAUGCCAUCAAAGGGCUUCCCUCUCUCCAUGAUCCCGAUGUAGCUGUGUAUCAGCCACCCAGUCUGGAGACACAAAAAUAAAAGCGCUGCCAUGGAAGGGAUGAUGUCCAGAGUGAGGAGUGCAUGGAGUGAGUACAUUGUAGAGUAGGCUGCUUUAAUAUUCAGUGAGCAUAUUUUUUUAUGAAUAGAAUCAUUGAAAGCAAAUUUGUAGCAGGAAACACUUGGAUUUCAACAAUUUGGACUUCCAAAAAGGCAUAAUAGUGUCAUGACGUAAAUCAAAAUGAAGCAAAAAACUAACACUUAAAGGCAGCAUGACUCAAAGUUGUGAUACCGUAUCCGUUUCUAAAGUUACACAGUUUGCCUUAUUACACAGAUUUGAAAGCUUGACGAUUGAUGGGAACAAAUUGGCAUCUCCACUUUCCACGUGAAGCAGCUGGUCCGUCUGCCUGUUUAGCUAAAGCAACAGUCAUGGGAUUUAGAGGCUCAUUCCUCAGGAUUUUGUGACAUCUCAUCAUCUUUUAUCACACUACACUCGUUCACUUCAUGUUUACACUAAAGAUUUUUACCAUUCACUGUUCUGCACUGUUCACUGCAGUCUUAAUGUCUUCUCCAGUGCACUUUAUUCAGUGUUAUUAAAUAUAAAUAAGGAUCACUGCGCUGCUGAAAUGAGACCAGAAGUAUCACCAGGGUUUUGAUGUGAUGACAUUUUUACCAAGAUGGUAAUAGAUUUUUUAAAAAUAGAUUUUAAGGUUAUUAAUCACUACUAUAUAAUUUUUAUGCCUAAGUUAAAUACAUAUAUAAGAAUAAAAGAACUUAAUAUGCCACUUAAUCUUAAAUAUUAAUUAUACAACUACAACCAUGUUAGUACAGUCUGAAGAUGUUAAGCGUUUCUGCGUCUGUGGCGAAGACGGGACAUUAUGGAAUGUAAAUAAUCAGAUGCCAGUAAAAUGGAACAUGCAAAGGAGAGGGUUAUGCAAACUGGUAUGAAAAAAGUUUACAUGCCUUUGUUUUUUUUAACUCUUGUGAACUCACACUAACAUGUCUUUGUUGUUUGUUUUUAACAUAGUUUAUUUAAUUAUAAAACAAUCCAGGCCAAGAUGAACAAGAGAGAAAAGCUAAUGUACAAAAACAAAUCGUCCAUUGGUACAAAACUGACAGUGCUGGGCAAAGAGCUACGGACAGAUAUUGGAGUAGUCGGGCUAGAAACAUAGAAGAAAGAGAUUUCAAGUACAAGUACACAAAAUCACUAUAUGAAAAUAAACAUUUUCAUCAUACUUUUUACAUUGUCUCUUUCAAAUCAUCUUUGUAACAAUGUGACUAACUCGUAAAGCUGAUUUCCGAUGUGAAAGGAAUUUGUUUUGAAUUUUGUUUUGUACACUACAAUACCCUACACCCCUGUUUCGUCAAGAUGUCCAAUGACAUGAAUGGAGCAAACAUUGCCUCUGGCAAGCAAUGUAUUGGAAAUAAACAUGAAUUUGCCUGUGAA